AUGGAUCAGCUCAAUAAAACGUGGCUCUCCAAAAGCACUCUGGAGGACUGCGUGCUUCGAUUCAGGAGAGAAGUGCUGAUAUUGACACCAGAUCUUAUACCCACCACUUCUACUUUGGUAGCUUCAAUCAGGGGACCAAUAAUCAAGACUCAAAGAAGGAGAAAGAUUAGAGACAACCUUCAUGUUCAAUCUGGACAAAUACACUCCAAAUUUACUUUCUGUGUUUGCGAAGAAGGGUGGUGCUAUCGGGGCAAAACUGAAACCUGUUUUGAACAAACAGAUACAGAACCAAACAAUUGA